AUGACCAUAGUCUCAAAUAGUCCCGACUUCUGGUGGUAUAUCCAAUAUUAUCGCGUUGAAAGCUAUUAUACAGUUGCAUCCACUGUUGUGGUGAUAUACGAUUGGGCACUGACAUUCGAACAAGAGUUUGAACUAGUCUGGAAACGACGCUGGUCCGUCACGAGCGUCUUAUAUCUUGCUUUGCGCUAUGGUGGAAUAAUAUACGCUGUCUUCGAUAUACCCGGCACUGUUUUUGAUUUCGAACAAUGGUGGAUGUUUACAAUCGCAAACAUCAUGCUGGGUGUGAUCAUGAUUACUCGGUUGCAUGCCAUGUAUCAGCGAUCGAGAAAGAUGCUUAUCUUCCUCGUUGUAUUUUUCCUUACCGUGACGACUACUAGCGCAGUAAUCACGGUAAUACAAAGCACACAUAUUACAGGAGAGGAGCUCAUCCUCUCCGGUACUUAUCAGUGCAAUUACGAGGGGAAUAGCCUUCUUCUAUCAGCCGUCACUUGGGUACUCGGCACCGUAUGGGAAGCCCUCGCGUUGUAUCUUUCAGUCCGUAUUGCUAUAAAGCAUUUCCGCGAACGACUAUCGACAGGGUCGAUUAUUGAGGACUGUUUCACGGUGUUAAUAAAAAGUCAUGUAUUUUACUUUGCAAGCUUUGCUGCCGUUGCUUCCUUCCGCAUUAGCUUCAUCUCUCCAAAUUUACCGAGCGGAAGUUCUGCAGGAGCUGAGCUUUAUUACGCUGUUGCGCUAGUUUCCGCGCUCUUGCAGAUGUUUUUGCUGGGACCGCGCCUCGUCCUUAGCGUUCGAGAACACGGCACUAGGCUUGUGGAUGACUCCGAAGGAGCAACUGCCAUGACUACGGUUGCAUUCCAGGAGUGCACACUCGCAUCGACUGAUAGCGGCAUGUAG